CUCCUUUCUUCAUUCAUAUCAAUAUCAAAAAAUUUCUCUCAAACUUAUUUUGAUAAUACUCCAUAAAUGGAUGGGAGAGGAGGGUGUUGUAUUGCUAGGUAUGCAGGAGGUGCGUACGAUAUGUCAAAAGUGGAUAGGAUAAUGCUUAAAUUCAGACCUAUAGCACCUAAACCAGCAGCAGCCGGUACUUCCGUUUCCGGCACGACUACUCCACCGCAAAAAUCUGAGGUUCCGGUUCGUACUGGACGGUGGAAGAGAAGGUAUGUUAAGGACAAUAAAAAUAGUAAUAAUAACAAGAGAUCUAGUAGCGGCGGGUGUAGUCCUACUCCUAGUCGUAGGAAAAGGAAAGCUCGGUCGGUUGAAGAAAAUGAUUCAAGCGCAAAAUCAGUGUCUGGCGGAGAAACGGCAGUUACUCUGCCGUUGUUAUCGGAGAUUCCUGAAAGGAAGGAUAAUUCAGUUGAUAUGAUGAAAAAAAAUGCUCCGAUCUGGUUGAGUUUUGGUGGUAACCAAGGGAAUAAUAAUGAUAACAGUAAUAAUAAUAAUGGUCAGUUGCAGGGAGUGGCUAUGGAUCGGUCAGUUGUGAUGUUUCCUCAGCCAGUACGUGUAGUGGGGUCAUGGGUAAAGGUGGAAAGCGUGACAGACGCGUGGGUGGAAGGGUAUGGGUUAGGACGUACGGAUGAGGAAAAACUUAUAAAUCUGGAGCGGGACAGCUGUCCAGGGUUUAUAUCAGACGGUUUAAAUAGAGUUAGGUGGGCCAACAAGGCAUACAAGGGGAUGGUGGGUGAUGGGGCAGGGGAAGUGGUUGUUUGGCUAGUGAUGAAAGAUGCUGUACGGCUGCCGGAGAGCAAAUCUACGGCGGCGUUCACUUGCCGGGUUAGGGUUGUCAGGUGCGGGAAGGAAAAAAAUUCAUUGAUUCUGCCGUGCGAUGUGUGGAGAAUGGACGGCGGAGGAUUUGCAUGGAGGUUGGAUACAGAAGCCGCUCUCUCUUUGGGGCGGUAGGUAGGUAAUUGAAGUAACUCCACCUGAAGGGUAAAGAAGUAAAUCUGUAUGCCGAACCACUAAUAAAACUUGCCACCUUGUGCCUUGUCUACGUAUAGAGGACAUGCAGACUACUUGCAUGUGCUUUUAUCAGAAGAAAAAUUGUGAAUAUCUUUUUAGAGUUCAGAAAUGUUUUUUUAGGUGUGUUUAAUUUUUUUUUUGGUUUUUUCAAGGCGGAGUUUGGAUGGUGGCGGAUUUACUUAUGCCUAGUUGUGUGGUUUAUGGAAUGUUCGUUAGGGAUACUUAUUGAUAUACAGUGUUACUACUAGCAGUUGUAGUUGAACCAGGGAAAACAUAUCAUGAUCUGUUAUCUGACUUUGGACUUCGCGUUCCUGUUUCUAAUUUAACAUCUUACAUACAUAUUUUGUUCCAA